AAAAAAAAAAAAAAAAAAAAAAAAAGUUUGGUAACGCCCAUCGAUACUGCACUCGCUUCUUGAUAUUGCAAACAAGACCGAUCCCGCGUCAGACUCCACCGGUCAUUCAGGAUUCAUUCAACGGCUAUUCCCGUGUGGUCUGCGUUUAAAAUUUCAGAGUCUCUGUUUCAGAAAUGGCUUUGAUUGUGAUUGUGCUGCUUGCACUAUCCAUGCUUGGUUUUACACUAUCUCACGCUGGAGAGUGUGAGUGGGACGUGAGGCUGUGUAAAACCGAAAAUGUUUCCAUCGGAAUGUGCAGUCUCGAGACUGGCGGCAUGGAUGUGCAAAAUCUGGGCCCUGUGGAAAUUCAAGAAAAUAUGGGAUUUCCAUAUUACCUGAAAGUAGACCUGCUGUGCAGCUUUAAGGAGUCUUCAUGGAGAGUCAUGCUGGAGGACUCAAUGACCGGGUUGGCUCCAAAAGCAGUUUAUAUAUUCCAAGAGCCCACACAUCCCACUCAUUUUAAACCACAAAGACUUGAGGUGGAGCUGUCAAUUGUUUCACUAUCAGACCAUGCUACCUGUGGAAGUGAGAUGUGCAAGUUCAGCUGGUACGCCCCAGUGCCCUUCAUUAAUGGGUCAGUGGUGCAAAGGGUGAAGGUGAAAUCUAUUGAAAUGGGUUCUCAGCAUCUACCUGAGAAAAGUUUCGCCCUAAAUAUGAAUGGCUACAUGGUCACUACAGAGAAAGGAGACACUGAAGCAUCCUUUGGCACUGAGAUGCAGGCUAUAGAAGAUGUGCUAAGAGUUGGUAGUCCAUCCCGUCCACUCUGGGCUGUAGUGGACCAUGCUCCUGUUCUCUUGUUGCCAGGAAUAUCAGGCUUGAAAGCUGUGCUCAUGACUACUACUGAGUUCCAGCAUACAUCUCUCAUAGAGGUAAACAUAAAGAGUUCCUCAGGCUCUGGGAAGUGCGUACAGGAAGAGUCUUCUAUGAUUCAAGAAACUGUGUCUACAGAGAGCUCACUGUUUGUCAGACACAAUCAAGAGCUUUACCGUUUCCUAGGAAACUAUUCUCUUCUUCCUCUCAGAGUGCCACCAUCAGAUGCAUGGGAACAGGUAUUAAGUGCAGUCUGUGUGUCUGGUUUGGUACCAGUGAGUAUUCCUCAUCAUGGUAGAGAGUACUUCUAUGUUCUGGGGGGAGGCUUACAGAGUGGAACCCUUUACCGUGCAGAGAUUUACGAUGGUGAUGUUAAAUUUACAGAGUUGGUGAAUUCCUUUGGCUUCACUGCAUGCGAGUUUGUGACAUUAUUAAAAAACCGUAAAAGAAGAACUCUGAACAACCCCAGCUGCCAGGUGCUCUCAGCGGCCCAGAAUGCCCAGACCGAUGUAACUGACAUCAUACUAGUGGAGCUACUUCAAGAUCAAGAGCGUUCUUACAUACUGCUCACUUUAGAUAGUGAUUUCCACAGUAAUGAGAUUUUACCUGGGUUCAUCAUUUAUAGUCAGAGGCACCGGCACCAAGAGAGAAGUUCUCUGAAGCUGAAGUUCAACGGAAUGACGUUUAACCCCAGCACUGGAAUUCUGUACAUCUGGGGAAACUCACUUAUCUUCUCAUAUAUUCUUACUUGGGAAGAUGAGCAAAAUUUUUGGCACGACAGCGGAUUUCCUGGUGACCAGAUGAUAAAAUAUUUCACUCUUUCUUAUGAUGGAACAUUUGUCUUUGUUACUGAACAGGAAGAGCUGUGGUGGGGUCAAGAAAGAACAGAAUCUGUGUUUCGUUUACGACCUUCUCAGGGCUGGAAUGAGUUCCUCCGUCUACAAGCUCUUUCCGGUGAUCACAGCACACUCACAGUGUUUUAUGAUGGAGAUAAAGAGCUACAAGAGGUGCUGUACACAGUAGACUUGGAUGGGAAAGGUUCUAUUUUGAAGAGAAAAAUCCCAGUGGGCGAGAUUCUGUCAUUUAGUCACCUGCCAAUCCUGUCUGCAUGUCCCUUUGACCAAGAGUACAGGGUCCCUUAUAUAGAGAGCUUUAACCGAUUGCAGCGGUACUCUGUCACCCCACAACUAGUGACGUCCUCCUCUGAAUUACACACCACACGUUCACUGGAUGUGUACCAGGGUCUCGUCUACCACCUGCUACAGCUGCAUGCACAAUACCUCAUGGUCAUUGGAGAUCCUAAAGAGAGCCCCAUCUCACGCAUAUGCAGUGGUGUGCUCUACAAGGUGACAGAUUUUUUUUUUAAUUCUACUGCAAAUGAACAAUUCGACUUCUGUUCAUACCUGUCAUAUAAUAAUGUGUCAGGUGUUAACACAGACAGCAAAGAACACUCAGACAUAACACCCAGACUGCCUGAUAGAGUUUACCUGGACCGAGCAGGCUCAUUUUCAUUCUCUCUGUUUAUAAGAGCCCAUCAGCUCACUCUAGAGUCCAUUGGUGAGCGUGCUGUAAAUGAUAUCAGAAUGUUCGCGACCGUCCCUGAUUCUAAAUAUCUGAAGGUGACUCUCCGGAGAUACGUAACGGUGACUGAAAAAGCCAUGGUAGAAGGUCAGGUGUUUCCAGGAGAGAGACUUUUGCUUUUCAGCGUGAUGUUUAGGACUGGCAUUUCACCAAGACAGUGUUUUGAGCAAACUGACCAUGGGAUGGUUCUCAGGGGACUGCAGAAUUUGCCUGUCUAUAUCGGUUGCCCUCCUGGUAACCGACUGGUGUUUGAUGCCAGAACCACCCUGCAGGAGUCUGUACGGCUCAACGGAAGGAACUUCAGCUGUUUGAAUCUCGACCCAGUUACACCCUGCUUCUACUAUAAAAACUUGUUCUUUCCAUUCUUCCUCAUUCAGGAUGUGGUCUUAGGAGAGUCUAGGAAGUUUCUUGGCAGCUACACUUUUAAGAUAGUUGGUGGUGGUCCUCACUCAAGGAAGAACAUUCAUCUGUACAGCCCUGAGGAGGUUCUGUGGUAUAACAGCCUCAAUUACAGAUCAAAGAAAGCACGGAUAUGGGAUAUAAAGAGCUGUGAGACGGAUAGAAGCUCUUGCAACAUCACUGAGGAAGGUUUUCUUAUCCUGAAUGCCACCAGAAUCAAUGGAAUCAGGUGGCUUUGUCAGCCUAAGUCUCCUUGUGGUGAUGUGCUAUCCAAGAACCCUGUGGGGUCUCCUCGUUUCUUCUUCAUCGUUGAAAUCUCAAACAGGGAUACGGAGACAUACUGCAGUCACAUCUUCCGUUUUGAAUUAAUUGUCUAUGACUUGCCCAUGAGCACAAGUAGGAAGUGCUACAUCUUUCUGGUGACUGUGAUAUGCGUCGUUGGUGUGAUGGUAUUAUGUCAUUCUUUUUUUUAGCUUCAUUUAUGUUUUAC